AUGGCCGUAUCUGUAGUGAAUUACCAAAGCGAACAAAAUGUGUCAAAAUUGAAUUCCUUAGGAUAUGAUGACGAAAGUGUUUCAUUAGCAAAAAAAUUUUUACCUUCACAUUCGCCAAAAUCUUCUCGCCUUCCUACUUUUGAGACAACUGUGUCACUUCAAAAUGCUUCUGGGAAUUCCCAACGUUUCCUAUCACAAGGAAAUGUACGUAACAACGCUAAUAUGGGUUCUCAUCGUCACAGUAUGUAUUGCGGUGAUCCUUCAUCUAAUUUACAGCAACAGUCGCCUUCACAAAAUCGUAAUGGAUGUAAACAGUCUUUUUCACAAAGUCGUUUAGAAAAAAAAAGGGCUUCUAGUUUUAGUAGUUUUAGUGAAAAUUCCAGAAAAUUCAAAUCAUCGCAAAGUUUUAAUUCUCAAUUACCAAUAACUACACUGCAGAAAGUUGAUAAACAACCAAUUUCACCUCAACAGGGUGAAAAAUCUUCUCCAAUUUCUAAAUCUCCUAAAUCAAUACAAGGUUCUGAACAAUUGUAUAUUCAAUCACAAAGGCCAUCACAGCUCACAGGUCAAGAAAAGUCAUCGCAACAUACUGAUCAAAAGCAGUCUUCUAGUAAAUUAGAUCAAAAACAAAAGGUUGGUGAAUCUACUAAGAAAGUUCAACAAGAUCAAAAAGUCUUAGAAAAGAAAUCUUCUACUCCUGACCAAAACAAUAAAUCAUCUACUCCUGACCAAAACAAUAAAUCAUCUAUUCCAUCUCCUGCAAAUCAGAGUUUGGAAUUAACGUCUCCUAAAAAUCUUGAUCAAAAACUUUCUAAAGAACUCUCUCAACCUAACAAAGUUACAAAUGACGAUACUGACUCAAAUAUUGUUAUACCUACUGCUAAUGUUGCGCAAAACCCUCAGAAUUCAACAGGACAACAAUCAUAUAAUCAACCAUCUUUCAAUAAUACAAAUGAUCUUCGAAAAUCUAUGUAUAAAGAACAAUCUACUUCUUUUACGAAACGUUUAAGGAGAGUAUUUAGUUUAAGUAAUAUUAAACAAGAUGGUGCUACACAAAUUAAUUCAUCGACUUCAAAUUCAAGUUCACCAUCACCUCUAAGUUCUCCUCCAAUUACUCCUAAAUUUUCUUCUCUUCGUAAUGAUAAGAAACAGCACAAAGAACUUAAACAUCAGCAUCAAUCUUCACAAGAUCGACAGCGACAAUUUCGAACUUCAUCUUCAGACCGAUGCCCUAGCCAAAAAAAGCGAUCUGAUGAUAAAAAUCGUAAUUCUAAGGACGGAACUGAUGUUAAAGAACGUACCUCUAUAGAAAUUUUCAAAAAGGCAUCUAUUCCUCCUCGGUUUUCUUCUUUGCCAUCACGAAAUAACAAACGUUAUAAACAUCCAACAAUACAACAAUUACAACUUCAGUGUCAACCACAAACUAGUAACCAAUCUGUCCCAGUUAAUCAAGAUUCUCUAUCCGAUAAUCAUGUCAACAAACAACCUAUUACUCAAAGUCCGUUAGAUUCACCUCAAUCACCAGGAACUUCUUCACCUUCUACCGAAACAUCUGAAAAGCUUAAUACUCCCACAUUUAUUUCUACCAUCAAAGCUAAUAAACCAUAUCUUAACAUGAACACAAGCGCAUCUCGUUCUGUGCCUUUGCUUGCUACUACAAGGGAUACUGAUCUUCCCCUGACUCCAUCUACGCCUUCUUCUUUGAAGAAACUUCAAUUUUCUUCAGAUAUUCUUAUACAUGAAACUUGGACACGUGACGAUUACGAUCGUCGAGGCGAUCAGACAACUUGCAACAAGCUCACCCCUCUCCUUGCUCAAAAGAUUAAACAAGAAUUAAAUGAAUUCAAGUUGAUUGAGAUGCAAGUUCACGAAGACAGCAAAAAGAAUACCCAUUUUUUUGCUUAG